AUGCUGGUUGAGUGUGACGGUGAGAAACUGUACAAAGUGGUAUCAGACGCAGAAAUCAACAACACCAUUUCUGAGUAUAAAAAACAGCUUCCAAUCGGGUUACCAAGCAAACCAGUCAACGAAAGACCGAAUCCAUUCAAAAGCGGUGUAAUGGAAGAGAAAAAGGACGAUACGGAGCCGGAUCAUGAUACACUUCAACUUUUGGCGUAUCGCCAAAUAUGCCUAGUUCCUAUUGAGACGAUUCUAUCCACGGAAAAUGCCGCUGGACUUCUACCUCAGGUGAUCGAUUCCGUGAAAAAGCUCAUCCUUGCCACGCCGGACAUCACGAUUCGGCAUCUUGCUGUACAUAUCAUUGAGAUGAUCAUUCCUAAAUGA